AUGGAAAAAGCUCAAGAGAGAGGACAACACGAGAAAAAAGAGAAAAGGAUAGAAGAUGAUUUAUGUUGUGUGACAUUUGAAAAUGAAGAUGAAUGGACAGUCGAUGCGGGAAACUGUGGUGUGGCCUCAGAGCGGUUCAUCAAAGAUGAAAACAUUGCAAGUGGGUCUUGGAUCCAUGUGGAGUCGGUGGUUGAGGUGGAUAGUUGGUGCAGGUCAAGAGGAGCCGAGCCAGAGGACUCCGAACCGCCUCCUGUCAAUGCAAGAAUUGACGGCGGCGGUUGGUUCCACGGCUCGGCGGAGUCGGUGAUUGCCACACCACCGGACGUUGGUCGGCUUCUUGGAGAGUCGGCCAGGGAAGAUUGCGCCCAUCGAAUGGGAGCUUGCACCGGGAUCCGGGUGUUGGUGGUGGUGAUUGAGAGGACACUCGCGCCGGAUUUUAGAGUAACAAAGAAACGGCUCACUCUUUCAAUUUGGCAGCAUCCAAUUGUUGUUGAAGGUGAGCAAUCUCUUCUUUUUGUUGCUGAAUCUGCAGUUUUCCAGCGUUUACUGCUUGAUUGCUUGCGAGCAGCUCAUUUUUGA